UUUGGAAGCCCAAGUGCCUACCACAACAUAUCCGACAGCCCAACGCUCGCAACUCCGCAACUCCAUUGAUUGGCUAAACCGUCUAAACCCUGCAAAACCCUAAAAAAUAAGCAAGCAAAUUUGGGGAGAGUCGAAGCAAAUUAAUUGUAGCAACAAUGGAGGAAACUCAGAUGGAGGAAAAGUGUAACAGUGUAACCAACGGAAUCCCGAUUGAGGAAAAAGAAAGUGAAGAAACCCAAACAAUGGAGGAGAAGGAUUCAUACACACAACCCGAGGUCGCUCCUGCUCUAAUUGCACUUCACCCCUUUGAUCAAUCCGUUGCAGUGACUGUUGGGUCGGACCUCCGCAUCUUCAAUCUCGCCAAGAAUUGUCCAGUCUCAUUGGCAGAUCAAUCCAAGGAAGUACUACAUAAAGAUUCUAUUAGAGCUAUACGUUUUAGUGACAAUGGAAAGCUAUUGGUUUCUGCUGGCGAUGACAAGCUUGUUAAGAUAUGGAGCGCUGAAACUUGGCAAUGCCUUUGUACUGUAAAUUCGGAGAAGAGAGUAAGCGCAGUUGCUAUUAGCAAAGAUGAACAGUAUGUCUGUUUUGCAGACAAAUUUGGGGUGAUUUGGAUUGUGGAUCUUGUGGGGCUUGCUGAAGAUCAGUCUGUCACUGAGAAGAAGGCUGUGGCAAUUUUUGGUCACUACUGUAGCAUCAUUACUAGUUUGGAAUUCUCUCCCGAUGGACGUUUCAUAGUCAGCGCUGACCGAGACUUCAAAAUUCGUGUUAGUGUGUUUCCCAAGAAUCCCUUGAAAGGAGUCCAUGAGAUCCAGAGUUUCUGUCUUGGUCAUUCAGAGUUUGUAUCAUGCCUCACUUUUGUGUGCAACCCAAAUUUCCCACAGGGCUUUCUUGUGUCAGGAAGUGGUGAUUCAACUGUUUGCUUGUGGGAUGUUACAUCCGGGUCACUUCUUUGCACAAGUGAGGUGGGAAGAGAGGCAAAUUUGUCAGAGGAAAGCCAUCCUGCUGUUACUGAUCUAUACGCCACUGGUGAUGGGUCAUUAGUUGCAGUUGCAAUUCAGAGCUUGCAAGGGAUAUUACUAUUGAGCUGUGACCUCUCAGCCAAAAAGCUUUCCACCCUCAAGGUGGUUUAUGUGCCUGGAGAAACAUUCAUCCCUACAAAACUUGGGAUGACUUUGUCAGGAAGUUUGCUAUGGAUGGUAACGGGUGCCUCUAAUUUACCUGGUUCAAAAGAAUCAUCCUUUGCGCGAAUCAGAGUUGUGUCAGAUUUCAAGAAAUCAUCUCACGAAUCAGAUCCCGAGCCCAGAGUUUUGGAAGAUACAGAGAUACCCGAAGGAGAGAAAUUGUUAGAGAAGUUGCAAGGAAGUGUUUCUGUAGAUAGCGCGGUUUUCACGGCUGCUGCUGAAGCCCUAAACUCUGCAAUGAGCAGUCUGUUAAGAAAGAAGCAAUAUUCUGAUGAGAAACGCGAUUUCAGAAAGAAAACCAGAAAUGAUAAGAAAUUUAAACAAUAAAAAGAUUGUUAGCCUAGCUCUUCAUUUUUUAUUGAAGUUUUAAUUGAUAGUUUAGGUUUGGCUUUUUUGUUAAUGCCAUUUGUUGUAUCACUAAAUCGAGUUUUUGUAAGUUAUUUUCUAUUUUCUCUUAUUCCUCAACUUAUUUAUUUAAUUGCCAAUUUGCCA